ACGGGAGGAGGAGGAGGAGGAGAAGCCCGGGCAGGGCCCAGGGAGAGCCGGUGGCGAAUUCCAGAGGAGCGGGGACAAGCGGGAUCCAUCCGCCGGCCGGCAGGAUGAAGCCGCUGCUGGGCUGCCUGGCGCUGGCGACGCUCCUGUCACCGAGCCUGGCCUGUCCCAGCCCCUGCUCCUGCUCCACCAAGAAGAACGGGCGCCUGCUGGCCGAGUGCGCCUACCGGGAGCUCCGCGACGUCCCGCGGGGUUUGUCGCCCAACGUCACCAUCCUGACGCUCUCCGCCAACCGCCUGGGCCACCUGAGCCGCGGCUCGCUGGCCGAGGUGCCCGAGCUGCAGUCGCUGUGGUUGGGCUACAACCACAUCGCGGCCGUGGAGCCGGGCACCUUCUCGGCGUUGCUGCAGCUCAAGAACCUGGACCUGAGCCACAACCGGCUGGCCGAGUUCCCCUGGCAGGACCUGCGCAACCUGAGCGCGCUGCAGAUCCUCAAGCUGAGCAACAACCGCCUGGCGGGGCUGCCCCGCGACGCCCUGCGCGGCCUGCGGGAGCUGCGCUCGCUGUGGCUCAACGACAACGAGCUCACCACGCUGGCCCAGGGCACCUUCGAGGCUCUGCCGGCGCUGGCGCAGCUGCAGCUCUUCCACAACCCCUUCAACUGCUCCUGCAAGCUCUUCUGGCUCAAGGAGUGGGCGGACGGCACCUCGGUGGUCAUCUCCAGGGCCGGCUCCACGCUGUGCGCCGCGCCGGCCCGGCUGCGCGGCCGAGCGGUCACCGACAUCCCCGCUCAGCUCUGCGUGGCCCCCUCGGCCCAGCUGACCUAUUUGUCCAGCCUGGCCAACGCCACGCCUCGGGACGGCCUCACGCUGACCCUGCACUGCAGCGUGGCCGGUAGCCCGCCUCCGGAGAUCCACUGGCAAAUCCGGACGGCCGGCCGGCGAGUGGACAUCCACGGGCCCACGGUGGCGCGGGAUGGCAGCGCCAAGGCGGGCCGGCAGCGCUUCCUGGCCUUCAAGAACGGCACCAUGGCCAUCCCCGACUUCGGCAAGGAGGAUGAGGGCACCUACACCUGCCUGGCCGUCAACGACGUGGGAAUUCGGGAUGUGUCCGUCAACGUGGCGCUGGCCGGCUCCGGGAACCCGGCCGAGGAGCUGCCCCGCGAUGACCCCCACGCCGGGCAUCCCGGUGGGCACAGCUGUGCCAAGGGGGACGAGCUGGAUCCCUCGGGCAUGGGCGAGAAGUUGGUCAUCGUCUACCACGUGCCCAGGGAGGCGCGGAGCGGCGCGGGAGCGGCCGAGCCGCGGAUCCGCAUGGGAAUUCUGCUGGCUCUGGGGCUGCUGCUCUGCUGGUGAAGGGGGGCAGCGCCUCCCGGAUCCCCGUUUUUCCAUAGUUUUUCCUCUCGUAGUGCCUUUGCUGAGCUUCUGGGAUCCGGGAGUGCUCCGGAACCCGAGGGGGCCACCGCGGGCCCAGGGGCUGGUGGUCCAGCCCUUCCUGGGGUAGAUCCCAGCUGGAUCCGGCUGGGAUCUGCUGCCGCUUCCCGGCGGUCCCAAUGUGCCACAUCCCGCUUUUCUCCCUGCCGAGAGCCACGUGUGGCAAAGGGGACAAUGCCAGAGGCAGCCGGGAGCCGCCGCGGCUGCCACCGGGGAGGGAUCCGAGGAUAAAAUCCCCUGGAAAUCCAUUCCCCCUGGGAAUGGGGGCCUGGGAUGGGAGCAGGAUGGGGACAGCAGGAUGGGGAUGGAGCCACGGCCUUGGAAUGGGCAGUUUUAUGGAGAAAUUCCCAGAUUUUCUCCCUGUCGGAUGCUGGCAGCAUCCCCGAACCCCUCCGAGCCCCUGGAAUGCCGCAGGAAUUCCAAACCCUUCGCUGCCAUCCUAAAAACCCAUCCGGGCUGGACCCACUGGGGAAGGCUUGAGCCAAAGAUUCCCAAACCAUUCCCGGUGGGAAACCCAGCGGGAUGGAGGGAAAAUGGGGAAAAGCAGAGCUGAGCUGCCUUUAAGCCAUAACCACUCCCCAGGGGCCUCAGCAUUCCCGGCGGGAUAAACAUUCCUUCUCCAGGAAUUCCGGGGAACCCCUCGGAGGGGGGCAUUUGGGAAUGUUCAUCAGCCCCGGAUCGGGAUCCGGUGCUGGAAUUCCCACUGGGAUCUGGGCGUGUCCUGCAGCCCCCUGGCCUUGGCUUUAAUGAAUGCCUUUAAUUAAUAAAUACCUGGAAUAAAUGCCAAUAAUUACUUUUAAUUAAUAAAUACUUGGAAUAAACACUUUUAAUAAUUACCUUUUAUAAGUGCCUUUAAUAAAGAAUUACCUGUAAUAAAUAAUUACCUGUAAUAAAGAAUUACUUUUAAUUAAGAAUUA